AUGCCUCAGCAUAACCUCAAAAACAUAUGCCGAAUAGGCUAUCAUAGACGGCGUGUCAAGGGGGCCUCAUCCGAUGCAAUAACUAUCAGAGAUGUUCUUAAAGCGGAAUGUCAGGGUCCCCCAUGUCAAAUAUGCAUGCGGGGGAUACUGCGCGCGGAAAGUCUCCCCCCGUCGCGAACCAACCUAGAAAGACAGCCAUACCAUACAGGCCACACCUGCAGCUAUCGGCCUCCGCAUUGCAUCCUAUCCUGCGCAUGUGUAGAUGCACUUAACUCAACUCUAAUCAUCAUCCUCAAUGGCAAUGGACCUUGUCCCCUUUUCCGUCUCUGA